AUGGCAACAUCUAUGAGGGGACUCACCCAGUACAUCUCGGAUAUCCGAGCAUGUCGCGUGAGAGAGUUAGAAGAGAAAAGGAUCAACCGUGAGAUGGCUCAUAUACGUCAAAAGUUCAAAGAUGGAAGUUUGGAUGGUUACCAAAAGAAAAAGUAUUUGGCCAAAGUGGUCUUCACUUAUAUACUCGGAUACAAAGUCGAUGUCGGUCAUAUGGAAGCUGUCAAUCUGAUCAGUAGUACGAGAUAUACCGAGAAACAGAUUGGUUAUUUAGCGCUCACCCUGCUCAUGCACGAGAACUCGGAUUUGGUUCGAUUAGUGAUCAACUCGAUACGAAAAGACCUAGAUGAUAAUAAUGAGAUAUACAACUGUCUGGCGUUACAUGCUAUUGCCAAUCUUGGAGGGAAGGAAAUGGCAGAGGCAUUGGGAGAGGAAGUGUAUCGAUUAAUGAUCAGUCACACGUCAACCACAUUCGUCAAGAAAAAAGCCGCCCUCACUCUUCUUCGUCUUUAUCGCAAACAUCCCACCGUACUUUCCGCCGCAGAAUGGGCGGAACGUAUAAUAUCCAUGAUGUCAGAUCCGGAUCCAGGUGUGGCAUUAACCAUCACGAGCUUGGUAACGACGUUAGCACAAGACAAUCUGGAGGCAUAUAGCAGUUGUUACCGGAAGGCUGUAGAUCGAUUAGAUAGGAUCAUCUUCGACGCGGAUUAUCCACCACAAUACGUGUACUACAAAGUGCCAAACCCUUGGCUUCAGAUUAGAUUACUCCGAUUACUCCAAUAUUACCCUCCACCAGAUAACCAGCAAGUACUUGACAUGUUAAACGGUAUAUUGCAAGCUAUAAUCGAUAUGUCUCAGGAUUCUCCACGAAAUAUACAACAUAAUAACGCCCAAAACUCCGUCUUGUUCGAAGCUAUCAAUCUUGCCAUCCAUCUCGAUCCCGAUUCUUCUGUGGUUUCUAACGCUUCCGUCUUGCUUGGCCGUUUUAUUCUCGCUAAGGAGACGAAUGUUCGAUAUCUCGGCUUAGAUGCCAUGGCUCACUUGGCUGCUUGCUCAAAUACUCUCGAACCCGUGAAGAAACAUCAAGAUACCAUCAUACUAUCCCUCAAAGAUCGUGAUAUCUCUGUGAGAAGACGAGCUCUUGAUCUACUUUAUUCAAUGUGUGACACGACCAAUGCAAAGGUCGUGGUGGGAGAGCUGGUCAAGUAUCUCGCUGUGGCCGAUUAUAACCUCAGGGAAGAGAUGGUGCUCAAAAUUGCUAUUCUGACGGAGAGAUUUGCUACAGAGUACGAAUGGUAUGUCGAUACCAUCCUUCAGCUCAUCAGUGCUGCUGGAGAUCAUGUCGGAGCGGAAGUGUGGUAUCGAGUGGUGCAACUCGUGACCAACAACGAAGAUCUGCAAGCGUACGCGGCGGCAGCGGUGUACCAACAUCUGCAGGCCACGGCAUGUCAUGAGAAUAUGAUCCGUAUAGGUGGCUACAUUCUGGGAGAAUUUGGACAUUUAAUCGCCAACGAACCUGGUUGCUCCCCGGUUGAACAAUUUCAAGCUCUACACUCCAAAGUCAACUACUGCACCGCUCCCACUCGGGCCCUUCUGCUCACCACAUAUCUCAAAUGGGUCAACCUUUUCCCCGAGAUCAAAGAUCACCUCAUCAAUAUCUUUGAACGUUACACUCAUGUUCUCGACGCCGAACUUCAACAACGAGCAUGCGAAUAUCUCGCUCUAGCUCAAAGACCUGAAUCAGACGAUCUCUUAUCUACAAUCUGCGAUGAAAUGCCCGUUUUCCCCGAACGAGAAUCCGCUCUCAUCAGCCGACUUCAUGCCAAGAGCGGAAAGGUGCAAGAGAAACGUACAUGGGUCAUCGGUGGUAAGGAGGAGAACAAAGAACGAGAAGCAGAGAGAUUCCGACAAUUUAGAAAAGUUUCAAAACCCGCUUCCGCAGAUACUGCUCCUUCAAUCGAAAAGAAACUGCCAGUACCUUCACUUCCCCCUCAACCGCCGAUACCAAUACCUCAGAAAACCUUGACGAUGGAUACGACGAUGGGGACCACGUCGAAUGGUGUCGCGGAAGAUAUCAUGUCGUCAUUGGCAGAUUUAGAUCUGUCCGGUAAUGGAUGGCAGGACGAGCCUUUGUUAAUUAACGAAGCACCGACUGCUGAGGCUUUACCUCAGACCAAUGGCGGGGAUGCUGUGGUACAUGCCACUUUGGGAGGUGUCGACCCGGCACUACUCGCUCCUCUCACUGUUGCGCCAAAUAUUGAGAAAUGGCUAGAACGUCUCACCUACGCGACCGAAGGUAUACUCUACGAAGACUCUUCCAUUCAAAUCGGUAUCAAAGCGGAAUAUCACUCUCAUCUCGGUCGUAUAGCUCUUUUCCUAGGAAACAAAUUAUCCGCUCCUUUCACACAUCUUUCCGCUUCUAUCGAAAACCCCGAACCUACUGCACUAGACGCUCAUUUCCAUGGUAUGCCCAUUGGUGACAUUCAGCCACUUGCGCAGGUACAAGAAUUGAUUCAUGUGGAAUGUAAAGAUGUAUUCAAUCAACAACCCGUAUUGCGGGUCGUGUAUCGGACGGGGGAAGAGGGACCAAAAGGACAAAAAGUUUUGGUUUUGAGAUUACCGGUGGUGUUGAGUCGAUUUGUCGAGGGGGUGACAUUGGAGAAAGAAGCUUUCUUUGAACGGUGGAAGAUUAUCGGAGGUCCCCCAAGGGAAGCUCAGUUGAUAUUUCCUAUCAAACUCACAUCCUCUGGAGAGGUGGAUUUGGCGAGACAAACAAGAGUCAUGUCGGGUAACAAAUUUUCUUUGUUAUCAGGUAUCGAUCCUAAUCUUUCCAAUCUCGUCCUCGCCGGUGUCCUGCACAUGUCAUCAGGUGGUAAAGUUGGUAUAUUAGGAAGAUUAGAACCGAACAAAGAUGCCAAAUUAUGUCGUCUGACAAUAAGAAGUACGAACGAACAAGUUUCAGCUGAGAUAUUGAAAUUAUCGAGUAAACCUCUCAAUGCGGAUUUAGCAGCUUCAUAG